CAUCAUCAUCAACCUUCUUUAGGUUCAGGAGGAAAUCGUAAGGUCAAAUUCAGAACCAAUGGCGUCCGGCUGGGGGAUAACAGGGAACAAAGGGAGGUGUUAUGAUUUCUGGAUGGAUUUCAGCGAGUGUAUGUCUCGUUGCAGAGAACCCAAGGACUGCUCUCUUCUCCGUGAAGACUAUCUCGAGUGUCUUCACCACUCCAAAGAGUUUCAACGAAGAAAUCGGAUAUACAAAGAGGAACAACGCCAGAUAAGAGCUGCUGCACAGAAGGCAAAAGGUGGAGUUGGAGAUGGAGAUGGAGUUCCUCAUCACUAAAACUUUCCUUCUUCUUUCUGCGUGCUUUUUAAAUAAUAUGAUUGAAGUCUGCAAUCUAUAUUUUUUCCCUUAAAAAAUUUGGUGGGAUUUUAUCCCCCUUUUUGUUGUUCCAAAAUGAUUGACUUAUCCUGUUGUCAUGAUAUUUUUGAUUCAAACUUCUCAACACAUUAUCCCAUAAUCUUUAUCAUAGACACCCUUAUUUGUUGUUUUUCA